GGCAAUCCAGCAGAAAGAGAUUCGCCUGUGAGACUAAACUGAGGAGAAAAAAAAUUCUACUUCUUCAACGUCAUCUGUGCGUCAGGACCCCAGGAAGUGAUAGUCAGUACGUGGCCUUUACUGGGUAGCUGCAGGAGCUCCGCUUCAUUACAAAAUGGAACUCGAGGCCAUGACCAGAUACACCAGCCCGGUGAACCCGGCCGUGUUCCCCCACCUCACGGUGGUGCUGCUGGCUAUCGGCAUGUUCUUCACCGCCUGGUUCUUCGUUUAUGAGGUGACAUCAACAAAAUACACCAGGGACGUCUACAAAGAGCUGUUGAUCUCCCUUGUGGCUUCACUCUUCAUGGGGUUUGGUGUGCUGUUCUUACUACUCUGGGUUGGCAUAUAUGUAUGAAGGUGACUGACUUAAAAAAAAAAAAAAAAAAAAAAAAGAGACAUUCCAGUG